GUUUCGAACGAACUCAGGAGAAAAAAUAAAAAAAAAUCUCUUUUUUUUUUUUCUGUGGAUUUGAUUGGUUGGUUGAUGAUGAUGAAGACUGCAAGGCUUGCUGAGGAACUGGAGAGCACUGUUGUUCUAGAAUUCAGUUGCUUGCUUGAUCUUUCUCUGUCUCCAAGCAUGGCGUUUGAGUUUGUCACCAACUACAUCCUCCCCCGUAUUAUAGAUGCGUUGGCUGACGAAGUGAUUCCACGUGCUCGUAGAUGGUGGACAGCUUCAGAUUCUUCUGAUCGCGAGGCGGAAUCUGAUCGCGAGGCGGAAUCUGAUCACGAGGCGGAAUCUGAUCACGAGGCGGAAUCUGUUCGCGAGGCGGAAUCUGAUCACGAGGCGCAGCUGACGAACCUUAGAGACUCCCUCAAGUUUAUCCAGUCUAUGAUCAAUGAUGCAGAGCGAAAACAGGGAAAAGAAAGUGAUGACUCUGUAAGGCUCUGGUUACAACAUCUCCAAAGGCUAGCUUAUGAUGUUGAGGAUGUGCUGGAUGAGUGUGAUUAUGAGCAUCUUCGCUGCCGUGUUGAGACUCCUGGGGAGGAGGAGAGGAAAAGGAAUUCAUUCACUUCUGAUAUUGUUGACAAAAUAAAAGAUAUUAAUGUGCGGCUUAAUAAAUUAGAAGAGCGCGCACGUCUACUUAAGCUGGUGUCACGCGAAUUUCAUUCAACAGCCAUGCAAUUACGCAAGACAGACUCUGUGUUUGGUGAUUCAAAAGUUUUUGGAAGGGGAGAUGAUAUUAAGAGAAUUCUUGGCAUCCUGGAUGACUUGAGGGAGAAACAGUAUCUAGUUUCUGGCGUUUCAAUAGUUGGCAUGGGGGGCCUUGGAAAGACAACAGUAGCAAGAUCAAUAUACAAUAAGGCAAAGGAAGAAAAGCGCUAUGAUCUAGUUGCCUGGGUGUGUGUCUCUGACGACUUCAAUGAGGAAACAAUUUUGAGAGAGAUGCAUGAACAUUUUAUUAAAGAUGGUGAGCGUCCAAGCAGCAUCAACAAACUGGUUCAAGAACUUGCAGAGGGGUUAAAAAAGAAGACUUUUCUUCUUGUUCUUGAUGACAUGUGGGACAAAGAUCAACCCAAGUGGAAUGCUUUCAGCAAUCGUCUCUCAAGAAUUUUGACGACAGCUAGGAAUUCUAUUUUGGUGACGGCUCGUGAUGAAGGCGUAGCAUCUAUGAUGAAGACGAAUCUUAUGCAAAAUUCUAUGCAAAUUGAUAAAAUGCAUAAGUUAUCAGAUGAUGAAUGCUGGUCAAUAAUUGAAGAGACAAUUCUCACUUUCUCUAAACAAACGUUAAUUUCUUCGAAUUUGAAAACUAUUGGGAUGGAAAUUGCCAAGAAGUGUGGGGGCUUGCCAUUGGCUGCAGCUGUCAUUGGAGGAACAUUGAGCCAUGAAAGUCAAACAAGUGAGUGGAAGGCUAUCAGAGAUGAUGCAUGGAAUUUGAAUUCAAAAGACGGAAACGGUAUUUUAUCUAUACUAAAAAUAAGUUUUGAUCAUUUGCCUUCACCUUUGAAAAAAUGCUUCUCCUAUUGUUCAAUUUUUCCAAAGGAUUUCGUCAUUGAAAAGGAUGAUUUAGUUCAACUCUGGAUGGCUCAAGGAUAUCUUCACCAACCUAAUGAAAACUCCAUGACAAUGGAAGAAGUUGGUGAUGCCUACUUUAACUAUUUGCUGUCUAAUUCCUUAUUUCAAGAUGUGCAAAGGACAUCAUAUGGGGAGAUCAAAUAUUGCAAGAUGCAUGAUGUGGAUGCAAGUGAGCCUCCAGACAUUCCAGCUAAUAUUCUCCAAAGGCUGCGUUCUUUGUUCAUAGAAGGGAAGGUGGGUGCUGUUUUCAAUGCCAUGGCAUCUAAUCUCAAAAGUUUGCGGUCUUUAAAAUUCGGAGGAGUCGAGUUCCCUAUUUCUAGAGAUGUUGACAUAAAAGAGUUGGACCCUGCUCUUGGAGAACUGAAGCAUUUGAGAUACUUUGAUAUCUCAAACAGAAGAGGUUAUAUGCUACCAGAGUCUUUUUGCAAGCUCUAUAAUUUGCAAACUUUCAGAGGAGAUAGUUUCUUUGAUCUGGAGUGGCCACAUGAUAAGAUAACCAGUUUGGUCAGCUUGAGGCACAUUUGUUUUGACGAUGAUGGCUUGUCUAUCUUGAGGAGCAUUGGGCACCUAACUUCCCUUCGAACAUUACCUACGUUUUUUGUAGACAUGGGAGAGGGGGGUGGCAUUGAAGAACUGGGAGGCUUAACCGAACUCAGAGGAAGAUUGAAGAUUCAGGAUCUUGAACAUGUUCGUUCGAGAUUGGAAGCCAGUAAAGCAAAUCUAAAGGAAAAGACAGGAAUACGCUGGUUGAAACUGGAGUGGAGUAAUUUUGAGGAAAGAUACAGCGCCAAUGAGGAGGAGGUUCUAGAAGGUCUUCAGCCUCACACAAAUCUAAAAAGUUUAUGCAUUGAGGGUUACAUGGGAAAGGGCUUUCCGCCAUGGAUGAUGAGUGGUGGUGCUAUAUUUUUGUCCAAUAAUCUGGUGGAGUUGGAAUUACAUGGUUGGCAUAAUUGUGAACAUAUUCCUAGUUUGGGACUUUUACCUAGUCUCAAGUCUCUUCAUAUUGAUGGUUUUGAAAAUGUAAUAAGAAUGGGUCAUAAGUUUGAUCCCACCAAAAGUAAUAGUCCAGGAGGAGUAGAAUCAAUCAAACUGUUCCCAGCUUUGAGGGAACUCCGCUUAAACAGCCUGCUAAGCUUAGAGGAAUGGAUUGAAGUAGAUGAUGAUGAUAUAGCAGCAGGAGGGAAAGUCGAGAUUGUGUUUCCUUGCCUUGAGAUUUUGAAAAUUGACAAUUGUCCUCGGUUGAAAAUUUGGCAGAUGGGUGGAUUUUCAUCUCAUCAUAAGUUGUCUCAUUUGAGGAUUAGCAAAUGUGACGAACUGAUGCAUAUCCCAAGUAUGAACGGGCUCUCAUCUCUUCAACAUUUGAGAAUUGAAAAAUGCUUUAGCAUUUCGGGGGAGUGCCUACGCUACCUCACUGGCUUAAAGAAGUUAAAGAUGGGUCCUUUCAGCUUCAGAUUUGGAGGAGUUCCCAAGACUUGAUUGCAUCCUUCACCUUCAUGCUUCCCUGAAAGAUUUAAGAUUGACAGGAUGGGAUAAAAUAAGGUUUCUGCCAGAUCAGCUUCAACAUCUCACUGCCCUCAAGUCAUUGACUCUAGAAAAAUUCAAGAGAGUGGAAGUUUUACCAGACUGGUUGGGAAACCUCUCUUCUCUUGAAGAGCUGUACAUUAGAAACUGUCCUAAUUUAAGGAAAAGAUGCAUAAAAGAUACAAAAUGCGAAAAUUCUUUGCUUUCUGAAAUUUAUGCAGGAGAGGAAUGGUCCAAGAUUUCCCAUAUUCCCCGAAUCUUGAUAGAUACUCUAACAAUCAAAUGGCGUGGAAAGUUGUACAUCAAGAGUUGAAGACAUUCAGAAGCCUUCUCCAAAUUAUCAACUCGUAUAAAGAUGCAUGAAGGAGAAAAGCAGGGGAUUGCAUAGACACACAACCAAAAUCUUUCAUUUUAAGGUUGAAGCUCCUGGUUUCUUUGUACUUGCGACUUUGCUCGUAUCUAGAGAAAGUGUUAUGAGGAGGAGAUAAGAUUGUGAUGGUUUUCUCAAACCAGGCGAUUUAGGCUGUGAUUCUUCUUUUCAGUGCCUACUAUCACAAGCAUGAUUGAGUCACACUCACCAUGUAUAAAAUUCAAGAUUGUUUGUGUGAACAUCUUUUAAUUUUGUAGGCUUGGCCCAAUUAGGACUUGUUUAGCAAUAAUUAAGCAUGUGAUUGUAAGGAAGUAGUACAUAUUGCUCUUACCGGAGCAUGUUUGAGUGAUUUAAGAACAAAUAUUGUAAUUUCUUCAUGAAUCAGUGUACCUCAAUAUAUCUUCAAUUGAGUA